AUGACACCGAUAACUACUCCUUCUUCGACCGACGUCCGCAAGCGCCCCAAGGCCAACUCGCACUCGCUCAUCGUUCCAGGCAAUGUCGACAGGCAUGCCGCACUCUGCGAGCAGCUGCGCAACAGGCAGAUCACCGACCUUGUCGAUGUUUCUGGCAGCGGCACAGGCACAAGAGGCUGGAUUUGGGGUACCAUCACAGACAUUUUCUAUUACCUCUUCGUAUGGAUACCACGAACCUGGUGGUACACUCUGACCAGUCUGCCCCAGCUUGUGCUUGACCCCAUCGGCCUUGGCUCAGCUCUGGCCUUUGCCUUUGUCACCACAUUCGCGCUGUUCGGCAGCUUGGUUGUCAGUGCUAUCUGGCGUUUGCCCUUUGUACAAUCCUACUGGCAACCCAUCUCAGACCGCAAGGACAUCAGUCUCGGUAAUCUUGCAUACCCUCUUAUCUUCGAGUUUGACGCCAACCCACAGAACAAGCAGAUCCGCGAUGCCGCCUUUAAGGUCAUGUCGGACCCUAUGCAAGCUGACGCUAAACCUUCGACGGAUCAGGAGCGCAAUUUUGACCUCGAGAUUUCGAAGCUCCUGAUGAUGCUCUCUGCACUUGUGUACGAGCGCAAGGUGGGCGCGUAUCACAAGGCCGCCCUCUUGGCUCAGCAGGGCAAAAAAUUGAACAAGCAAUUCAUGUGCGACGACAAAGUGCUCACUGACGCCGGAAUCGACAUUGGCCAAAAAGUUGACUUUGCAGACAGCAAGAUCAAGCGAGUUGCUAGGGAAUGGGGGCUCAACUAUGCUAGUGUUUCUGAGCUUGCCACCAACACAUCGCCGCUAUGCGGAGCUUUUUGGCACCCCUACCACAACUUUAUCAUUCUUGCGUUCAAGGGUACUGAUCCGGUCGAGUUCAAAGAGUGGGCCGUCGACCUUACCUUCAACUACACGGACGGUCGUGGCUGGUUGCCCGGCUUCACCAAGGUUCAUGCCGGCUUCUACAAGCAGAUCUUCCCGCAAGACCUCAAUCAUGCCACAGGCGCAUUUCCGUACAGCCAGAUCCGCAAUGCGGUCAGCAAGAUUGCCAGCGAGAUUCGCGCAACGUCUGACAGCGACCACGUAAACCUGUACGUGACCGGGCACAGUCUCGGAGCCGGGCUUGCCAGCUUGUUCUAUACGCGUGCAAUUUCUUCGCCCAAGGACUUUGGCCAGACGGAGGACGGCGCCAAUCAGGUCUUUGUGCGCGACGCAUACUGCUUUGGCACGCCCAUUGUUGGCGACCCUGACUGCAUAUCGGCCUUCAACCAGGCUUGUCAUGAACGCGACCUCGACUUUCCGCACGCAUUGUGGCGAGUUACCAAUCGUCGCGACGCUGUGGCCACCAUGCUUCCUGACGCUGGUGACAACAACACGCUAGUCCACAUCAGUCCUCUCAGCCAGCUCCACUUUGCCCACAUUGGCCAGGAGAUCCAACUGGACAACGAUGUCGGCAAGGUCUAUACGGGCCCUGGCACUUCGCUGCCUGUCGGAACUCCGGUCAACAUCAUCACUCAUCUGCAUCAAGGGGGUGAAGGGCCCAAGGUGUCGCUUCCGCCCGUGUUCUCUUUGCUGGAAUGGAUCCCAGUGGUGCGUCGUCUAGUCGCUCACACGCCGUCGUCGUACUGGGACCGUCUCACCAAGGUGCAAGCUGAAAACACGAUCGAGUACGCUCGCAGUCACUGA